AUGGAAACCAGGAAGGAGAUGGUGAUGUUUCUGGAAGGGACACAACUUGGCGCUCUAGUUGGCAAGAGGGUGCCUAAUUUGUCCGAAGCAGUGGGGAGCCCCGCUCAAGAGCCACAGGAAAAGAUGAUCCAUCGGAACUGCCUCAGCCCUAGACCUGGCCCCUUGUCGUCCCGGGAGAGAGCGGGAGGAGGAGGAGGUGGCGGAGACGAAGAAGAAGAGGAGGUCGAGGUGCUGCCAGGGACAGGGACGGUGGCGGAGAGCCGCUCGGCGGCGGCAGCCCUGCUCUCGGCCGGACAGCAGCCCCCCGCCUCGGAGCCCCCCUCCAGCAAAGGGCAGCAGAGCAGCUCGGACACCGAGUCGGAUUUCUAUGAGGAAAUCGAGGUGAGCUGCACCCCGGACUGCGCCACGGGGAGCGCCGAGUACCAGCACAGCAAAGGUACCCAACUCCUUGAGCCCCCUCCUCCCUGCCGGGCUCCGGGGCCAGCACUCGGGCGGGGGCCGGCCCGGGGUGCCCCUCUCCUGCCCGCGUGUCACGCGGCCAGUGACCAGAUGCGCCGCUACCGAACCGCCUUCACCCGCGAGCAGAUCGCCCGGCUGGAGAAGGAGUUUUACCGGGAGAACUACGUGUCGAGGCCCCGGAGAUGCGAACUGGCGGCUGCCCUCAAUCUGCCAGAAACCACCAUCAAGGUCUGGUUCCAGAACCGCAGGAUGAAGGACAAGAGGCAGCGCCUGGCCAUGACCUGGCCUCACCCGGCAGACCCGGCUUUUUACACCUACAUGAUGAGCCACGCGGCGGCCACGGGCAACCUGCCCUACCCGUUCCCGUCGCACCUGCCCCUGCCCUACUACUCGCCCAUGGGCAUCGGCGCCACGUCGGCCUCCGCGGCCGCUCCUUUCAGCACCCCCCUGCGGCCGCUCGACACGUUUCGGUCCAACGGGCUGCCCCAGCGAGCCGCCCCAUCGGACUUUAGCUGUUCGGCCACGACCAGGACGGACUCUUUCCUCACGUUCACGCCCUCGGUGCUGAGCAAAACCACCUCAGUUUCCAUGGACCAGCGAGAAGAAGUUCCUUUAACCAGAUAA